AUUUUCCAAUUAGUCUUCUUUUCUGUGAUCUGUGGAAAUAUGAAACAUAUCUGUAAAUAAAAAAAGAGGCAGGAGCGAAAUAGAAGUGGAUUGUUGACUCAUUACCUGAUAUUUUAACUGUUCGUUAUAACGAUGAAGGUUUUAGAAUUGUACAGUGGUAUAGGUGGAAUGCAUUUUGCAUUUAAAGAAAGUGGUAUUCCUGGUGAAGUAAAGGUAGCUGUGGACAUCAACACCAUAGCUAAUAAAGUGUAUCAGCAUAAUUUUCCCAAUACAAAAUUAUUACAAAGAAAUAUUAAGUCUUUUUCAGCAAAUGAAAUAAAUGACAGUGGUAUUGAUAUGAUUCUUAUGAGCCCUCCAUGUCAGCCUUUUACAAGGGUUGGUUUGAAAAGAGACAUGUCAGAUAACAGAACUUCUUCAUUUAUCCACCUUUUAAGUCUUCUUCCACACCUUAAUAAGAAGUGGAAAUAUUUAGUUGUUGAAAAUGUAAAAGGCUUUGAGAAAUCUGAAACUUGUCAACAACUAAUUCACACUCUGGAAAAUUUGGACUUUUGCUACCAGGAGUUUAUUCUUAGUCCAUCCAUGUUCUCAAUUCCCAAUACACGGCAUCGUUAUUACCUCAUUGCAAAGAGAAGGCCUCUUUAUUUUAAUUUUCCAUUGCAGCCUCAUGUUAUGGAGAGCCUACCAGUUCCUUUACACACCACCAGCAGCUUUACAGAUGCAGCAUAUGAGAUGUCUGCAUUAAAUUCAAAGCAUAAGUGUCUAGUUGAAGAAAAUCAAAUGGCUUCUGAAGGGACAUGCUACUCUUUGAACCACAUUUUAGAAAUAAAUAAAUCUCUGGAGUACUUUGAACAAUUUAAUGUACCAGACAAAAUAUUAGGGAAACAUGCAUGGCUUCUGGACAUUGUUGGUCCAAACUCAACAAGAUCUUGCUGUUUUACUAAAGCAUAUGGACGUUAUGUAGAAGGAACAGGUUCUGUAUUUUCCCCGACAUCACCAGAUAUAAUCACCAAUGCAUUUGAACAGAGUCGUUCACAUGUUCCAGGUAGUCAUGAGCAGUUGGAACUUUUACGGGGACUUGCGAUGCGUUACUUCACACAUCGUGAGGUGGCAAGACUUAUGUGCUUUCCUGACCAAGGUUUUAGUUUACCUAAUGAUGUCACAAUAAAACAGUCAUACUGUCUUCUUGGCAAUAGUGUCAAUGUGCAUGUUGUUGCAUUAUUAAUUCUCCUUUUGACCACAGGAGACAACACUGUGUGUUGAUUAUACUUUGGCUGAAAGAUAGGAUUGGUAUGAUCUCUGGCAUUUUCAUUAUUCAUAAGUAAAAAUGUAAUGUACUAUAACAUAAUAAGAAUUCUGGGUACUAAGUUUUAACAAAUAAAAUUAUUUUACAUCAUGCUUUCCAUACCAAUUAGUCUGUAAUUUUGCUGCCUGAAGUGAUGAAUGAAGAUGCACCUAAAUUUUUUCUGUAUUAGUUUUUAUAUUUAUACUGAAUUCUUUUAUUGUAAAUAAAAACCCUGCUUUCAUUAAUGAUA